ACGUGAUCUGUCAAAAUUAUCAACACGGAGAAUUUUAUUUGGUUGAAAUUUAUCAAAUAAUCGUAGAAAAUUGAUGUAAUUUCCCGUGGUUUUCUUCAAUUUCUGUUAUGAGGAAUGGAAAGUGACAAGUAUGAGCAGAAGCUUUAUCAGAUGUUCAGUAGUCACGACCGCGAGGAGAGGAGCACGCUGAACAGGGAGGAGUUGGCCAAGCUCUGCAUCUCGCUGGAGCUGAGAGAUGCUGGCGCCGCCCUGAUCGCCGAUCUGUUCGCCGGCGUGACGUCCAAGGAGCGGCGGGUGUCGUAUCAGGAGUUCAAGGAGGCGCUCCUCAAGUUCCUGGGCAGUGAAAUGCCAGCAAACUCCUAUGAAUCAGAGACAACCAAUGAUUCACAUGAAGUGGAAACCUCCAGCAGCAGUAUUCCUCUGUCGCCGGGCAGAGAAGUCUCGCCCAAGUGCAUCGUCGGGACGAAGAAGUACGGCCGAAGAUCGCGACCAACCAGUGCUAAUCUGUCCUCUUCCUCGCUGUCUGAGUCAGACAAUGAGGCAACAGCAGAGGCUGACAAAGGGUCGAAGGUCAAAGAGGUACAGAAAUCCGCCUCCCAGAGCGACGUGCACAGCUACAAGCGAGUGAUCGGGUCGAAGCUGAAGCGCUGCGCCUCCCUUCCUGCCCAGCGGAAUCGCCACGAGCACACCAAAUCCCUGCAGACGCAGCUGGAAGUCGUCCAGUCCGUCGAUUUCUCACCCGAGUCAGAUGUUGUGCCAUUCGAUGUGAUUGUGGACAUGUGGGAGAACGCUGGUGUGCUCCAGGCAUCCAAUUUGCUGGCAAAUCUCGGCUUCAGCGGCCGCCAGAUCAACAUCAGCGACUUGUCGGCCUCCAUUGACCACGAGCUGCAGGUGAUGAGGGAGAACGCGGCCGCAAUUCCUCUGCUGAGGGCUUCUCUGGUGCUGCACAAGGCGGAAGUCAAUGGGUUGCAAGUGGCGCUGCGCCAGCUGGCGUCGGAGAAUCAGAAACUCCACUCGGACAAUCAGAGUGCGAAUCAGCGUGCCGUGCUGCUGGCCCAGGAAAUCGACGAGAGGCACGCCAAUAUUGAAAACUCCACUCGGUCUGAGAUUCGUGCCUUGGAGCAACGCCAUGCGGACGCCGUUCGUGAGCUCACCGUUCAGAUGACGAAGGAUCGAGAGCAGCUGGCGGCACUCAAUGGGAAGCUGGAGGAGCGAAUAAAGCUGCUGGAGACGGAACAGGUGCGCCUGAAGAGUGACAAUGCGCAGCUGAGGAGUGAAAAUAGUGCCUUCGAGAGUGAACAGACAAAGUUUCAGGGUGUGAUUGCCGAUCUCACGGCCACAAAUCAGAGGUUGAACACGGAGAUUGCCGAGCUGGGCAGUCGGCAGGAUCAGAGUGAGGCGGAGUGCGAGGAGAUGCAGCUGCUGAUGCAGAAGAUCAGUCUGGUGCAGAAGGAGAAUGUGGGCCUCAGGGAUAAGAAUGAUGAGUUGUGUGCGGAGAUCGAGAGUGUUUCCAUGGAGCUGAAGAAGAUGCGCACAGUCAAGGGGAGUUCCAAGUCGCCGGGAAACUCAGAGUAUGGCGACGAUGUGGCGGGUGAGUGUGAGGAUGUGGAGCUGAAUGUGGCGAACACGCUGGCGAUCAAGAGGCGCGGCGACUCGCCCAGCAAGAGGAUCAACGAGGAGAGUCCGCGCCUGGGGAAGUUCCGCAAGUACAGCGACGAUUCGGCGGAUUUGUCGGACAAUCCGGCCGAAUGGGCGGCUCUGAACAUGGAACUGGAGCAGGCGGAGAGGAAGUCAGAGCCCAAGACUGCCGAUGAAGUGCCUGAGGAGACGCCGAAGGUGGCGACUGACACGGACGAUGUGGAGAAGCUGCGCGAGAGAGUGAAUGAACUGGAGGCGAGCCUGGAGAUGAUGCGGAAGGAGUUUGACGACUGCGAGGACUACUGGCAGUCGAAGUUGAACACGGAGAGGCGGAUGUUCGAGGAGGAGCAGAGCCAGUGCGACGAGAAGCUGUCGGAGUUGCUGCAGAAGAUGAUGGAGUAUGAGGAGCAGUUCAAGACAGAGAAGUCAAGUGGUCGACUGACGCCAAUUCAGGAGAAGGACAACCUCGAGCAGCAAUAUGCUGAGCUCGAGUCGGAGAUUUGUGAGCUGAAGGAGAAGAACUCCUCGAUGCUGGUGGAGAAGAGUGAGGAGAUUGCCGAGCUGAAGGGUCAGAUUAAGGCGCUGAUGGAGGGAAGUCAGAGCCAAUUGGCGUGGAAUGACGACGCGAGUUCGGCGAGUUCACCCAUGAAUUACCUCUGGAAUCAGAGCACAAUUCAUGCCCCGGCGAGAGAUUAUCACAAUCCGAAUUGGCAGCAGGAGGGCGAGCGCAAGAAGAGCCCGCCCACGGGAAUUGAGUGCCUGACAACCACGGAGACGUCCACGUGGGCCUUUUCACCAGAGAAAGUGCCUGCCAUUUCGCCUAUUCAGAAGCCCAAGCGCCACACGGACGCGGAAGACGCCGGCAAGAAGCCGGAAGAUGAGGGCAGCGCGUCCGUGAAGAGCGCUGGAGGAUCAUCUCACAGUGGAGCUUCCACGUACAAUAUACGCACGAAUGCGAGUCCGGAUGAAUUUAAAAAUGACAUACAGGAAUUAGCAACGAUUAAGAAUCAUCUGGAGGAGGAAAUUAAAGACAUCACGUACAAGAGAGAUUGCCUUCUGAUGGAAGUUCAGCAACUUUCCUAUGUGAAACCAACGCGCACGGAAGCUGCUAAAAUGGCUAAUGUGAACUUGCAGGCACGCGUUCAGCAUUUGGAGCAGAAAAAUCGCCAAUUACAGUCGGUUCUCAAGCAACAGCAGCACUAUGCAGAAACGAUAAUGCAUCAGACUUGGCAGCAACAGCGAUCGGAGAUCAGUGAGUUGAGAAAUCGUCUCGAGGCGCAAUCGAUCAUAAUCACGGAACAGGCACAGAGAUUGGCGAAUGCGGACAUUCUGGUGAAGGAUCUCUAUGUUGAGAAUUCUCAUCUCACGUCAAAUAUGCAGCGACUGGAGCAGCAGAACAGCAGGAAUGCAUAUCUCUUUCACUACUCCGCUCCCGGUCCCAAAUUGCCGUGAAAGCGCGCACCGCGAAAAGAAAAGCUCAUUUUUGCUUCAAGUUAUCGAUUGAUGGUAGAAAAAAAAAACGUGGAAAAGACAAGAUAAUUCUAAGCUUUUAACUGACAAAGGAUGCAAAGAAUGGAUGUUGCAAUGUGUCUAGAUGAAAAAGCACCCGAGACUUUUGUAAAAGACAGAGCUUUAAGUCACAAACACUCAAAUUUCUAACUCUUUCCUUGUAUGUUUGAGUGAAAAAGAGCCUAUUUUAAUGCCUUUACCAGUCGUUUUUUGCCUUCUUUUCUAACAAAAAAAAAACAACAAUAACAUAAUGAAGUUAGUUUGAGUGAUAUUGCGUAGGUUUAGCAAUCAGAUUUUGUAGAUAUUAUGUUAGUCGUAGAAUUUCCACAAUGGUUUUUAUCCUAUAAAUUUUUAAUGAACUAAUAUUGUGUACCUCACAGUUGAAACUAAUUUGAUUUAAUGCGCUGAGAAAAGACGGAAUUAAUCUUUGAGUGAGAAUUGUGUUGAAGACACGAGAGAAGAAAUACUUCUUAUUAUAGAGAAAUUUUAACUUAUAUCAAUUCUCUUAAUUUAUUCCAAAACUGU